AUGGAACUCGAUCACCAUGCUAUCGACACUCCCUCGGAGAAUAGUACUUCUGCAAGCAAGACUCCUGAAGAGGUAAAGCGGUCAGUGACAGGAUUCCGCUGGCUACUCGUCUGCAUUGCCAUCUUCUCGGCAAAUCUGCUUUAUGGUCUGGACAAUACGGUCGUUGGCGAUAUUCAGGGUGCAAUAGCAGACACCUUCGACGACUAUACUCAGCUCGGUUGGCUGGGAGUUGGUUUCACUUUGGGGUCUGUUGUUUUCAUUCUACCACUCGGAAAGGCGUAUGCAAUUUUUGAUACGAAAUGGACGUUCAUCGGCUGUUUGACAAUGUUUGCGGCGGGCAGUACAUUGUGUGGUGCCUCUCCAAAUAUGAUAGCCAUGAUAUUUGGUCGAGUUUGGGCAGGUGCGGGUGGUGCUGGAAUGUAUCUUGGAAAUCUUAACCUCAUUACGACCCUAACGACACCCCAAGAGCAACCCAGAUACAACAGUUUGAGCUUCUAUCUGAAUUUGGUAAUUUUCGGCGUGAUGAGUCCAAUCUACCUGUUCCUCUUGCCGUCGGUACCACGCCAGUCAGAGAGGAAACCGCUGACGAAACUGCUCGAAUUAGACUGGGUUGGUAUAUUCUUCUCAGCCGGGAUGCAAGUCUCGUUUAUCCUAUUCCUGACCUUUGGAGGUACGCAAUGGUCUUGGGGAGAUGGCGGCAAUGUUGCGCUAUACGUCGUCUUUGGGUUCAUGUUAGUCGCGUUCAUACUUUCGCAGUACUACCAUCCUUUCACACCUCGGAACAAUCGUCUCUUCCCAGCAGAAUUUCUUCAUGACCAUACCAUGAUAAUUCUCUACGUACUCAUAGCCUGCGGUGGCGCGUCACUGUUUGUGGCCGUCUAUUAUAUCCCGCUGUAUUUCCAAUUUGUGCAUGGUGAGAACGGAGUUAUGUCUGCGGUUCGUCUCUUAUCAUUUAUAUGUUUCUACGUUGCAACCAUUCUGUCCUGCGGGUUCUUCAUGCCUAAGACUGGAUACUGGAUGGUAUGGUACCUGGUCAGUGGUAUAUUUAUCCUAGUGGGAGCCGUGCUCAUGUACACUGUCCAUUUUGAGACAGAGACAGCAAAUAUAUAUGGCUUCUCCAUUGUUUUGGGACUCGGGAUGGCCACGACGCAAGCCGGAUAUGCUGUUGGCCCUACACUUGUCUCCCCUGACCGUGUCGCUGAGUGUAUACAAUUCCUCAACUAUGGCCAGGGCCAGAGCCAAUUGCUAGGACUGGCAAUUGCAAGCGCUAUCUUUCAGAGUCUCACAUCUAAUGGACUCCUGAGUCUAUUAGAACCACACGGUUAUGCUGAAUCUGAUAUUCUUAGUGCGAUUGCCGGAGCUCAGAGCGGUUUCCUUCAAACGCUUCCUUCGGAUCUUCGUACACGAGCCCUUGAGGUGAUCGUGCAUAGCAUUGAUUCAAUCUACAUAAUGGUAAUUGCAGCUGGUGCACUCUAUAUUGUUGCAUCAUGCUGCCUGAUUCCGCAGAAGAGCUUCAGGAGCAGACCGGGGAAGGAGAAGUUAACCGUGGUGGUUGCUUAA